CGAGCGCAGGCGUAUUUUGUCGCCCGGGUCCGGAACGGCGGUGUCUCUUGUGUUCGUUGUCUCGGUGCUUCACGUUCUGCUGGGGUAGGAGGAGAGACCCGCGGAGGGAGGCGAGGUGGCGGCGGCGGCGGCGCGGACGGGAGAAGCCAAGGGAAGGCCGCGCAUUGUCUGUUUUUUUUUCUGGGUUGGGAAGGGUGGGGGGCUAGAAGAGGAUGAGCUGGCUCUUCCACUACUCCAAAGCGGGUAGCGGUGGCGGGGCCGCCGCCUCCGCCACCACCUCUUCCUCCUCUUCCGCCGGCGGAGUAGCGUUGCCUUCGACUCUCACCAGCCUCCAGCAACAGCGGCAGCGGCAGAUCGAGUCCCUGCGCAGCGCCCAUGCAGCUAUAGCUGAAAUACAAAAAGAUGUGGAAUAUCGGUUGCCCUUCACUGUAAAUAACCUGACAAUUAAUAUAAAUAUCUUGCUUCCUCCUCAGUUUCCUCAGGACAAGCCAGUCAUCAGUGUUUUCCCUCCAAUACGGCAUCAUAUAAUUGACAAGCAAGGAGCCUAUGUGACUUCUCCAUUAAUUAAUAGUUUUACAAUGCACUCUGACCUUGGCAAAAUUGUUCAAAGUAUACUUGAUGAAUUUUGGAAAAAUCCUCCGGUCUUGGCUCCCAGCACAACAACAUUCCCAUACCUUUACAGCAAGCCAACUGGAAUUCCUACAUAUGGUCAGAAUUUUCCAUUUCUUUCUGCAUAUCUGCCACAAGAAACAAAUAGGCCUGUAGCAUCUGUACCCCUUGCAGAAUCACUUUCUUCAGGGUAUAGUACAGACAGACCUGCAGCUCCUUCCUUUGGCAUGAUAACUGACUUGCCGUUACCUGUUCCAACAACAGAAGCACUAUCACAGGGAAAUCAAAAUGGAUUUGGGUACAAAAUGCCUGAUGUUCCAGAUGUAUUUCCAGAACUAUCAGAACUAAGCAUAUCACAGCUGACAGACAUGAAUGAACAAGAAGAUAUUCUGCUAGAACAAUUUGUUAAUCUGCCCCAAUUAAAGCAUAUAAUUAAUGAUAAAGAUGAUUUAGUGAAAAGUAUUGAAGAACUAGCAAAAAAAAAUUUAUUAUUGGAACCAAGCUUGGAAUCAAAAAGACAAACAAUACUAGAUAAAUACGAACAACUGAUUCAUUUCAAAACCACAUUUGAAAAGAAAGUACAAAGGCAGCAUGAACUUAGUGAGAGUUGCAGUGCAAGUGCCCUGCAGGCAAGAUUGAAAGUGGCUGCCCAUGAAGCUGAAGAGGAGUCUGACACUAUUGCAGAAGACUUUCUGGAAGGGAAAACAGAAAUAGACGAUUUUGUUAGUAGUUUCAUGGAGAAAAGAACAAUUUGCCACUGUAGAAGAGCCAAAGAAGAAAAACUACAACAGGCAAUAGCAAUGCGUGGCCAAUUUCAUGCUCCAUUAUAGAAUUUUUUUCCAGCUAAUUAGAAUUUAAGGCAACAAAUCCAGCAAAGCACAUUUUCAUAGAUCUAUUAUUUUGCAAAUAAGCAUUUCAUUAUGGUUGUAUUUAUAGAAAAAACUGUAUAUAGAGCUGGGGGUGAUUUUUUGUACAAAUUAGAGUGUCUUUCUAUUCUUAUUUUAUUCAAAAUGUACUUCUACUGCAAUUUUUGCACUAAUAUUUCUUGUUAUUGAUACCCUUAUCAUAUUUAAUUUCAUGCUGCUGUCUCUACCACCUUUAUAGAUUAAAUAUUUCAACAUGUAAUUUUGACUAGAUUUAUAAAUUUUAUACAGCAUAAUCCAUAACUUUCUUAUUAAAUACUGACUGGUUUGUUUGAGAGGCAUAGAAAUGUUGGUUGGCUAAAGUAAGUUACAAGUAAAAUAAGGUAGAUUUUUUUCAUCUGGCUUUACCAGAAUGCACCAGAAUUCAAUUUCUUGAAAUCAGGUUUUCACCCAUUUUUGUAUCAUGUCACUAAAUAGAGUUCAAGUACUUAACUAUACACUACAGCAAUCAGACUUGAAUAGCUAAGAAACUGAAGAGCUAAAAGUUUUAAACACCCCUUCAAACUUUUCGAGAAAAUCAAUAUGAUUUAUGUAGAAUCCUUUCUUUUAAUUUUGCCACUCAUUGCUUUGGGAAGUAUCCUACCUCAAGCCUCAAAUGGAGAUAGGCAUAAUUCUCUCCAAUUCUUGUAUCUUAUUUUCUUAUUUGUGUUGAAGCAAAUGAAUGGGUAUAUUGUAUAAGUGCUUGGUAUUCCUACAUUUGCUUUAUUUCCUGAUCUCUGUACUCUUUUGCCUGAGUGUGUCCAUGUGUUCAUAUAAGCACUUUUGAAACCACGAAGGAAAAAAUAACUAUCUAGUAUAUAUAUUACCAACAAUUAUAUUAUUUAGUUCCAAUAGAAUUAACUCAAACCCUCAUCUCUCAUUCCCUGCAUCAGACAUAAAAUAUCAAGUUUAUUCACCUGUUCAGUAUUAUGUUGGCAAAAUGUAGUGAAAUAACUGCAGUCCUAGAUCACUCUUCUACAGAGGUAAAAUUGAAGUUAUCCUACACUAAAAAUACAACCAAAGAAUUUUAUUUUCAUAUAAAAAUAGUUUAAUUUUAUGUCUUGCAUGUUUAUAAGAACUCAAAAUGUUUUUAGGAUAAUUAAUUCUUUUUUUUUUCUUUAGAUAAUUGGCAAAAAUCUAUAAAUGACAAUAUUGCAGAAAACUAAGUCUUAGGAGUGUACAUUCAUGACUUGUUUUUUUUUUCCUUUCAUUGCUUAAAUAAAUUGCAUUUUCUUGAACAAUUUAUAGGGCUUCUCUCCAAAAAGGUUCAAUAUUGGUAUUUGCAUUUUUAAAGCAGAAUAUUCAAUUCUGCAUAUGGAAAAGUAUCUGUAGAGUUCAACUUUAUAUACUUUGGGACGUACUGAUAACUUUUGAGACUUAAACUGGAAAUAAAUACAUUUGGUGGAACAAAUACUAUUGCUUAUAUGUAU